AUGUCGGACGCUUGGGAAGAGAUCCAAGCUAUCAAAAGCAAGCGGAACAUCCUGCGCGAACGCCUGGAAAAGCGCAAGAAGGAGCGGCAGGACAUCCUUGGUUCGAGUCUCAACUCGUCACCUGUGCACCUGUCCGACAGCCCCCAUGCGGGUGGUGUUGGGGGCGAAGAUGUUAAAAGACCAGAGGAGGGUGAAAUCGAUUUGGUGAAAAUCGACCCAGAGCUGGAGAAAGAGUUGUUGAAGGCGCUGAGCGAAGUCACUCUUCAGAUCCCCACAACUUCGACGGAAUUGGUCGAUUCGUUGAAAUUGACUUUGAAGCGACAUGCCUCACAUAAGGAAGUUUGCAAUUUGUUGCAAAAAUUCUCAACUCAGAAGUUGAUCACUAUCAAGGAUUUAGUCAAAGAGGGGAAGAACGUGGUCGAAGUGACUUUUAUCGAUGUGACUAAAGUUAACGCAAUGAUUGCGGAGUUUUUGCCUGAACGGGUGAGGGAAUCCCUGAAGCGGAAGCGAAACGACUCGGAGAAAAACGAAGACGAAGAGAAGAGGAAAAAAGAGAAGAAGGAACCAAAAGCUGACAUCAUGUCUUUACUAUCAAUGCCCUCAACGAAAGAAAAAGAGAGUAAAAAACUGGGCGAAGAAAUUCUAGAUCUGUUGAGUAAACCAACGGCCAAAGAGCGUUCGCUGGCCGAGCGCUUCAGGUCUCAAGGGGGCAAACAACUGAUGGAGUUUUGCCCCCAUGGGACUCGCGCCGACUGCGAACGAAACGGAAUCACAGACUGCAAAAAAUUGCAUUUUAAAAAAAUCAUACAAAAACACACUGACGAAGCUUUAGGGGAUUGUUCCUUCCUUAACACUUGUUUCCACAUGGACACUUGUAAAUACGUCCACUAUGAAGUCGAUCGCUGUGGGCAAACGGAGGGCGUAGCCCCGGCCGCCACCGCCGUCUCAGUGGCCCCAAAAGAAAGCACUACCUUGUACCCCCCGCAGUGGGUGCAGUGCGACCUGCGCUAUCUCGACAUGACUGUCUUAGGAAAAUUCGCCGUGAUAAUGGCGGACCCCCCCUGGGACAUCCACAUGGAGCUGCCCUAUGGGACCAUGUCCGACGACGAGAUGCGUCAGCUGGGGAUCCCCCAGCUGCAAGACGAGGGCCUGAUUUUCCUGUGGGUGACAGGCCGUGCCAUGGAGCUGGGCCGCGAGUGCCUCCAAUUGUGGGGCUACGAGCGCGUUGACGAAAUAAUCUGGGUGAAGACGAACCAAUUGCAGCGCAUUAUCAGGACGGGGCGCACCGGCCAUUGGCUGAACCACGGCAAGGAGCACUGUCUCGUGGGCAUGAAGGGCAACCCCCAGAACCUCAACCGGGGACUAGACUCGGACGUGAUCGUGGCCGAAGUGCGCGCCACGAGCCACAAACCGGACGAAAUCUACGGAAUGAUCGAGCGACUCUCGCCCGGGACGCGCAAAAUCGAGCUGUUCGGGCGCCCCCACAACAUCCAGCCCAACUGGAUCACUUUGGGGAACCAAGUGGACGGGAUCAAGCUGGUCGACGCAGAACUGAUCGAGAAUUUCAAGAAACGCUACCCCACGGGGAACUGUAUGGGGCCCCCCGGUGACACGACCCAUUAAUUUGUUUAUGUUUUGGUGGAGUGGUGGCGACUUUUUGCCUUAUUGACUGGUGGUUUAGUGUCUUUAAUCGCGUGGAGUUGGGGGGGCAUCAGCUGAUUUUGACAGAUGUCAGGUUUGACAAGAUGGCGCUUGGAAGUUUUACGAGUUUUUAGACAAAGGAUCGUUCGAUUUAAGAGAAAAAGAAUAAACAGUUUUGAUUUGUUG